CAAAUAGCAGAAGAAAACGUAACAAAAAUUGGACAAAUUCAAAGGAAAACACGAUCAUGCCGUUAAUACUUUUAACUGGAUUUCCUUCGAGUGGGAAAACGACUAGAGCCCAGCAAUUGAAAGAAUAUUUUUCUACGGUUGUUGGGAAAAAUGUUGUUCUUUUGUGUGAGAAUGAUGUCGUUAAGAAUAAACAAAUUUACUCAGAUGCAAGUAAGGAAAAAGAAUUGAGAAGCACUUUGAAAUCUGAAAUGCAACGACUAAUUAGCCAAGAUGACAUUUUGAUUCUUGAUGGAGGGAACUACAUUAAAGGGUAUCGGUAUGAAUUGUAUUGCUCUACAAAAUCUAACAAAACAACACAGUGCACCUUACAUAUUGACACAAGCUCAGAAAAAGCUUGGGGCCAAAAUAUGAAACGAGAAGAAACUUGUCAGUAUUCUCAAGAAAUCUUUGAUGCUUUGGUAAUGAGGUAUGAGACACCAGAUGGAAGAAACAGAUGGGAUGCACCACUCUUUACAAUCCAACCAGAAGAUGAGUUACCAUUUGAGAGUAUUGCUGCAGCUCUGUACGAAAGAAAGGCCCCAACUCCAAAUCAGUCCACACAAUCACUUCCUCUUACAUCAACAAACUUCCUGUACGAGCUGGAUUGUGUGACACAAGAAAUAGUAAAUCGAGUAGUCGAGGCUCAAAAAACGUGUGUGGUCGGGGACGAAGUUUCUAUCCCAAACUCGAAUGAGAAGUUUCUUUUAAAACGACGCUAUCAACUGUCAGAACUUUCAAGGAUCAGGCGGCAGUUUAUAAGUUUUGCCAAAACGCAUCCAGUUGAUGAUAUACCUAGAUUAGCCGCAAUGUUCUUUCAGUACCUAACGUCUCAUUUGGUGUAAAUAAUGUACGAUAUUUCCAACGA